CGACUCUCCUCAAAUCUCGCUCUCUCACUAUAAAAGCCCAACAGCUCUUUAUCUUUCUCCUCCUCCUUUUUUGCUCUGGCGGCUCUCCAAAUUCUCCAAUCCCUUCCUCCCUUCACUUUCUCUCUCUAGUAAACCCUAAUUUUCUCACUCUUCCUCCACUGUCUUCGAAUACCAGUCGCUGCCCCUUCUUUUUUUCCUUUUUUUUUCUUUUUUUUUUUAAUUUAAAUUAUUUAGUUUAAUUAAUAUUCCGAUUGAGCUUGGAGAAGGCGAUAAUGGAGGGCUCUGUAGCAGAAACGGCGAAGAAGCAGCAGGUGUUUGCUUUGGCAUCCGCCUCCGAGCUCGCUUCGUCGUCGUCUUCUUCUACUCUUGCGCCGGCGCUGGCUCGGUUCAGCGCCGAAGACGGAGUUGCAGAGCUUCGGUUUCAGCAGGAGGCCGAGUCCGUUGCUCGUCUCAAUGUCGAUCUCCUAACUGCUAAGCUAUUCAAGUUAGGUCCGGUGCAGUCAGUUUGCAUAACGGAAGGUUCUGAUACCGACAAAGAGAAAUCGUAUUCAAGGGGAGUCACUAUUCAUUUUAAUAAUGAGGUGGACAGUGGAGCCUUCCAUCAUGCAUUUGAGCAAUGGAAGAAGGACCUUGUUGAUCAAGGACAAAAAUUACCAAAUGGAGAACUAUCAUCUACCAAAAGCAAGUUUGACGACAAAAUAGAGCCAUCUUCUGCUAAAAUGUAUUUCCAUUACUAUGGACAAUUGCUGCAUCAACAGAACAUGUUACAAGAUUAUGUGAGGACAGGAACCUAUUAUGCUGCAGUCAUAGAAAAUCGUGUGGAUUUUAAUGGUCGUGUGGUUGUUGAUGUUGGUGCUGGUAGUGGUAUUUUGUCAUUAUUUGCUGCUCAGGCUGGUGCUAAACAUGUUUAUGCUGUGGAAGCAUCUGAAAUGGCAGAAUAUGCACGCAAGCUAAUUGCAGGGAACCCAUUACUGGGUCAAAGGAUAACUGUAAUCAAAGGUAAAGUCGAGGAGGUUGAAUUGCCUGAGAAAGCAGAUAUCCUUAUCUCGGAGCCAAUGGGCACCUUGUUAAUUAAUGAAAGAAUGCUGGAAACCUAUGUGAUUGCAAGGGAUCGGUUUCUUCAGCCAAAUGGAAAAAUGUUCCCCACAUUGGGAAGGAUUCACAUGGCACCUUUCAGUGAUGAAUAUUUGUUUGUUGAAAUUGCAAAUAAGGCCCUCUUCUGGCAGCAACCAAAUUAUUAUGGUGUUGAUUUGCAACCAUUGUAUGGAUCUGCAUUCCAGGGAUAUUUUUCACAGCCAGUGGUAGAUGCUUUUGAUCCAAGAUUACUGGUGGCUCCUUCAAUGUCUCAUGUGAUUGACUUUACCAAAAUAAGCGAAGAGGACUUGUAUGAAAUUGAUACGCUACGGUUUACGGCUGCAGUAGGCACUAGAGUGCAUGGGUUAGCAUGCUGGUUCGAUGUCUUGUUUGAUGGGAGUACCGUACAAAGGUGGCUUACCACCGCACCUGGUGCACCAACCACCCAUUGGUACCAAUUACGUUGCGUUCUCGCUCAGCCAAUUUAUGUGAUGGCAGGACAAGAAAUCACUGGCCGACUCCACAUGGUUGCCCACAAUGCUCAAAGUUACACAAUGUAUCUCACAUUGGCAGCUAAAAUGUGGGGCCCUGGUGCCGAGCAAGGAGGAAUAAUUCAGCAAUCUUCUUGUAAACUUGAUCUCAAAGAGCCCUACUAUAGAAUGUCCCAACCGCAAGCGUACACAAUUGCCCAAGAUCCGCAACCACAUCAGCAAAUACAGACGCAGGAUAUACCCAUUCAUUCCCAGGAUUUGGAUGAUUCUGAAUUUUUUCCACAACCACCAUCACCAACUUCAGGGACAAAGAUCUUACUGGAAGAGUUUGCCAAAUCCGCGGGGGCUUGGAAGAACGUUUGAUCUCUGUUUGUUUGUAACAUAAACUGUUUUAACUCUAGCAAGUGCUAGGGAUCCCUGUUAGUCGUCCACCGCAUCCCGUUUAACUGGUAUCUCACUUCCUCCAUGUCUUAGUGUUUAACCCCUGUAAAUUAGAUAUUCAUUUGAGUGGCUUGUGCAGCAGAGUUAUGCAAAUUUUAUCUUGCUUUCACCA